GUAUAAUACAAGCCGGCUCCACACUUUUUAUCCCCAAAGUACCCUUAGCUCUUCUUCUCAUUCCAUUUUUUUCAAUACCCAAAAAUAAGGACAAAACAGUAAUCUUCUAAGGACCAAUUUCCAUUGCCGAUCAAAACUCAGGGCGCCUCGUCCUCCAAUGGCUCUUUGUACGAACCUUCGAUUUCGAGCUCAAAAAUUUUGAUAUCAGAAUUCGAAUCUUGAAAUCACUCAAUCUUCACUUCUCGUGGCGCUAUUUAGCAUUAUUUUAACUAUUUAAGGUGCAUUGCGGUUUACUGUCUCAAAGGCUCAAAUUGGUCUUUAUGCGUGGCAGUUCUAUAAUCUUGUCAUGCAUUAUUGUAUUUAUUGGGCUUGCAAUACAAAGGAUGUGAGGAAACCAAGGCAAUGGCAACAUCUAGUAAGUUUGAUCCGUCUUCUGAUAGCCCGGAUAGGCCAUCAUACACCGGUGGGCAGCGUGGACCCCACUUAACUGCUCAGUUGGACAGAUCCGGUAGCUUUCGCGAGAGUAUGGAGAACCCGAUCUUAUCUUCUCUGCCAAACAUGACAAGAAGCAGUUCUGCAUUAGCACAGGGAGAUGUGGUAAAUUUCUUUCGAUGUUUGCGCUUUGAUCCAAAGGACCUGGUGGCUGCUGAACAUAAGUCUAAUCGCCAAGGAGACUUUAAACGGCACUUGAAUGUUGCCCUUGGCAUUUCAUUGGAUGAUACCCCAUCUGGUCCUUUGAAAGGCAAAAUACCUGCACCGGAGGAAAUCAAGCGGGUUAAGGCUGGCCUGCGUGAAAGCAAUGUUAGGGCCAGGGAACGGCAGAAGAUUUUUAAUGAAGCCUUAUCUGUAUUCAACAAUUUUUUUCCAAGCAUCCCCUCAAAGAAAAGGUCUAGAUCAGAAGGAUUUUCUAGUGAUCGGCCUAAUGCCUUGUUAUCAAAUGAUCGAUCAGUUAUGGGGCCAAACAUUGGUAAAAUGGGAAUUCAUAAUCAUGUUGUCGGUGGUGGUUUUGAACUUGAUCAUCAAAAAUCGGAGGAAAGAACCAAAAAUGUUGUUCCAAACAAGCGGACGCGAACCUCCUUGGUGGAUGUGAGGAGCAAUUCUCUUGUCAGGCUAUCUGGUAGUGUAGAUAGAGAUAGGGAAAUGCUAAGGCUUGCAAAUAGUGGUGCAAGUCAGGGUGAUGAUCGAAGUUUAUCAAUUGGAGCUGAUGGUUGGGAAAAGACAAAAAUGAAGAAGAAGCGUUCUGGGAUAAAGCCAGAUGUUUCUCCAAGUGUAGUGUCAACUAAACCCAAUGAUGGAUAUCGGGAGCCCAAACAGGGAACGCAGCCAAGAUCUGUUACUGAGGCUCGAUCAAGGUUGAAUAGUGACUCCCAUGGCUUCAGUUGUAGGCCUGGAGUUGCUAAUGGCACUGUAAACAUUGGAAAAUCAGAUGGUAUCUCACAGUCAACAGGUUUGAGUAUGCGGUCAUCCAUCCCUAGGACUGAUAUGGACAGUAGUUCUCUUCUUAAUGACAGAAGGGAACGUCCUAUUGGUUCCGAUAAGGAAAGAGUGAAUCUUAGAGCUGUUCAUAAAGCAAAUGUUCGUGAUGAUUUUAACUCGGCUAGUCCCACGUCAAGCACAAAAAUGAAUACAUCUACACGAGGUCCUCGAUCAGGUUCAGGCAUCGCCCCAAAAUUAUCUCCAGUUGUCCAUAGAGCAACUGCUCCGAAUGAGUGGGAGCUUUCUCAUUGCUCAAACAAACCACCUGCUGUUGGAGUUAAUAAUCGCAAACGCACGGCAUCAACUCGGUCUUCAUCUCCACCUGUUGCCCAUUGGGCUGGCCAGAGGCCACAAAAGAUUUCCCGUGCUGCAAGACGGACAAAUUUGAUUCCAAUUGUUCCAAAUAAUGAUGAAAGUCCUGCUUUGGAUACAGUUUCUGAUGUUUCUGGUAGUGAACUUGGAUUGGGAUUUGCCAAGCGUUUGACUGGCAAUUCCCCUCAGCAAGUUAAGUUAAAAAGUGAGCCUGCUUCUUCGGCCGCAUUAUCUGAAAGUGAGGAAUCAGGGGCUCCUGAGAUUAAAUCUAAAGAUAAGGGUAAAAGGUCUGAUGAGAUAGAUGAGAAGGCUGGACUGAAUGUUCUAAAGGUAUCUACUCUGGGUCUGCAGUCAAGAAAAAAUAAGCUUGUUACUGGGGAGGACCUUGGAGAUGGAGUACGGAGGCAAGGGAGGACUGGACGGGGUUCCACAACAAGGUCUCUUAUGCCAAUGUCAGUUGAGAAGGUUGGCAAUGUGGGAACAGCUAAACAGCUUAGAAGUGCCAGACUUGGUUUCGAUAAAAAUGAAAGCAAGACAGGUCGUCCACCUACUAGAAAACUUUCUGACCGUAAGGCAUAUAAGCGUCAAAAGCAUACAAUGGUCAAUGCAGCAGCAGAUUUUCUUGUUGGCUCAGAUGAUGGGCAUGAAGAGCUAACUGCUGCUGCAAGUGCUGUAAUUAAUCCUGUUCAUGCAUGUCCCAACCCAUUUUGGAGGCAAAUGGAGUCAUUCUUUGGUUUUAUAUCUGAUGCUGACAUUGCUUGCCUGAAGCAACAGGGGAAUGUUGAAUCUACUGCACCAUCACCUGCACAGGUUUCAUCUGAGAUAAAUAUUUGCAGUACUGUCCCUAAUGGGUAUGGAUUGAUUGAACAUGAGGAAGAAAUGGGGCUUACCACUGAAAAAAGGCUUUCUGAACAGUUAGUGCCAGGAGCAAGAGACAUUUCCCUAUAUCAGAAACUUAUUGCAGCUAUAAUUUCGGAGGAGGAUUGCGCUCACGUAAAUAGAGACCUGGAAUUUGUUACUUAUGAAACUGGAUUUGAGCUGGAUGGGGAGCUGGGAUCAAAUGGUUUGAAUCAUGUAGAUAACUUUAAGUUUUCUGGACAUACUGCAUUUAAUGGAUAUACAAUGACUGGGAGGAGAGAACAUGAUGAGGCAGAAAUUGAUGCAUUAGGUUUCCCAUCCAUGGGAAUAUGUUCAAACUUCAAUCGCUCUGCAAAUGGUUUACUUCUUGACCAGGCAUUGAUUCCUGGCACAGUCUGUCCAGAUUUUCAGUAUGAAGAUACGCAAAUAAAUGAAAAUCUUCGUCUGGAGGUUCAAAAUAUUGGGAUUUACUCAGAACCAAUGAUGGAAGAUGAGGAGAUUGGCGGGGAGGUUAGCAGCUUAGAGGAGAAGUACCGGGUCCAGGUUUCAAAGAAGAAAGAAUUGCUAGAUAAACUGUUGAAAUCUGCCUCAGCCACAGACGAACUUCAAGAAAAGGAACUUGAACAGCGUGCUCAUGACAAACUUGUUACAAUGGCUUACGAGAAGUAUAUGGCUUACUGGGGUCCUAGUGCCACUGGUGGGAAGGGUUCCAGCAACAAAAUAGCUAAGCAAGCUGCCUUAGCUUUUGUGAAACGGACAUUAGAACGAUGUCGUACAUAUGAAGAUACAGGGAAAAGCUGUUUCAGUGAACCCUUAUUUAGGGAUAUGUUUCUUUCUAGGUCUUCCCACCUUAGUGGCAGAAGAUCAUUGAGUACUCCUGUGGAUGGGGAAUCUGGGAAACUUUAUGCGAAUGCCUCAAGCCGCUCUCUAGAGGCUAGAAUUUCAGCUUCUAUGGGUCCGCAGUCAAGUCCUCGAACUUCUCGGUUGAGUCAGAAUGGGGAUGGCUAUGUUCCUAAUUCUUCUGACUUGCUUCCACCUGUAAAUCGUUCAUCUGAACAAUCUACUGGUAAAGAAGAUUCAUGGUCAAAUAGGGUGAAGAAGAGGGAAUUGCCGCUUGAUGAUGUUGGUGGUAUGGUAGGUACUUCAAGUGCCCCCUCAGGAAUUGGGGUGUCUCUAUCAAGCAGUACAAAAGGAAAGAGGAGCGAGAGAGAUAGGGAGGGAAAGGUUUUAUCUAGGAAUGGAACUCAUAGAAUUGGUCGGCCAGCAUUGUCAAAUAUUAAGGGGGAGAGGAAAUCUAAAACAAAGCCCAAACAGAAAACUCAAUUAUCUGUUUCUGUAAAUGGCCUUCUUGGCAAGAUGUCAGAGCAACCUAAACCAGCAUUUCCCUUGGAGGCAAAGUCUGGUGAUAUUAGAUCUAGUAGCAAUGGCAAGGGAAAAGAUGGUUUUGGCUUGGAUUCAUUGGAUGAUCCCGAGGCUAUUGAUUUGUCCAGCCUGCAGCUACCGGGAUUGGAUGAUGGCCAAGGGCAGGAUCUGGGUUCAUGGUUGAACAUUGAUGAUGAUGGAUUACAAGACCAUGACGACUUCAUGGGUCUUGAAAUCCCAAUGGAUGACCUAUCAGACUUAAAUAUGAUGGUUUAAAAUCUUUCUCUGUAUAGUCUUGUUCAUUAUACUAUUGACAAAGAAAACAUAAUCACUGUUGUCAAGAAAUGACCAGUUACAUGGAUGGUCAUUUGGCUGCGGGUCCACAGUUAGGUUAUAUAGAUUCUUUGGUAGACUUUACAAGAUUUUCAAGUGAACCUUUCAGAUGCUUUGGGUUUUCUUCCUGUGUUAAGUUGUUAACUUCGACUGUAAAGAUCUUUUGUUCAAGGUACAAGUUAGCAUGUCACAAAUUAGUACGUUGUAGCCUUUACAUCCCAGCAAACACUGUAUCCUGGCUGUAGCUUUUACAAAUCAGAGAACAAUGCCUCUUGUACAUACAUUCUAUAUUCUAAUAAAAUCUGCUUUUUAUUCA